AAUCUUCACAAACCAACUGCAUUAACAUUGACGUUCUUUUUAUAUUGCAAGACACAAGAAAGCAGGUUUACAGAACACAUCGUUGGAUCAUCUCUGACCCCGGCAGGGAGUAGGGAUCUUUCCAGCGUUUCAACCUGCACUACCUGGCGCGAUAUAAAGAAAAAACCAGGAGAAAGGGCACACACUUCAGCAGUAUUGCUGCUGGAAAGGUUAGAAAAUGGACGCUGGCGACCUGUAUAAAGCUAGUAGUAGCUUGAGAGCAACCAGCAAACGGAGCUCAAGUUUCAGGGCAAACAGCUCAAACAUAUGGAGAAAUACAGGGAUUGAAGUCUUCUCGCGGUCGUCGCGGGAAGAGGACGAUGAGGAGGCCCUGAAAUGGGCCGCCCUGGAAAAGUUGCCCACUUUCGAUCGUCUCAGGAAAGGGCUUCUGUUCGGAUCAAAAGGCGCGAACGAGGUAGAGGUUGAGAAUCUUGGGUUCGAGGACAAGAGGAAUUUGGUGGAGAGACUGGUGAAUACUGUGGAAGAAGACAAUGAGAAGUUCUUGUUAAAACUCAGGAACAGAAUUGACAGGGUGGGGAUUGAUAUGCCAACAAUUGAAGUGAGGUAUGAGCAUCUGAAUAUCGAUGCAGAAGCCUACAGUGCAAGCAGGGCUCUUCCUACUUUUAUCAACUUCAACAUCAACAUGAUAGAGGGAGUUUUAAAUUCUCUCCAUAUACUUCCAAGCAGAAAGAGGCCUUUCACCAUUCUUAAGGAUGUCAGUGGAAUCAUCAAACCCUGCCGGAUGACCUUGCUUCUAGGUCCUCCGAGUUCAGGAAAGACGACCCUUCUGUUGGCUUUGGCUGGAAAGCUUGAUCCAGCUCUCAAAGUUUCAGGAAGGGUGACUUAUAACGGACAUGGAAUGGAAGAAUUUGUACCCCAAAGAACUGCAGCAUACAUCAGCCAGCAUGAUCUGCAUAUUGGAGAAAUGACUGUCAGAGAAACCUUGGCAUUUUCUGCAAGAUGCCAGGGGGUUGGAUCCCGCUACGAGAUGCUGGCAGAAUUGUCAAGGAGAGAGAAAGCAGCGAAUAUCAAACCAGAUCCUGAUGUUGAUAUCUACAUGAAGGCAGCAGCCACCGAAGGAGACGCAGCAAAUGUUGUCACGGAUUACAUUAUUAAGGUUCUAGGACUCGACGUUUGUGCUGAUACUUUGGUUGGAGAUGAAAUGAUAAGGGGAAUUUCUGGAGGGCAGAAAAAGCGUGUCACAACCGGAGAAAUGAUUGUUGGACCAGCUAAGGCACUUUUCAUGGAUGAGAUAUCAACCGGGCUGGAUAGUUCCACGACGUACCAAAUUGUCAAUAUGCUUCGACAAUAUGUCCACAUUAUGAAGGGAACUGCUUUUAUCUCACUGCUCCAGCCAGCACCCGAGACCUACGAUCUGUUCGAUGACAUAGUGCUCUUGGCUGAUGGCCAGAUUGUUUAUCAGGGUCCUAGAGAAAGCGUACUUGGCUUCUUUGAGUCCAUGGGUUUCAAAUGCCCAGAAAGAAAAGGAGUGGCUGAUUUCUUGCAAGAAGUAACUUCGAAGAAAGAUCAGAAACAAUACUGGGCACGUAGAGAUGAGCCUUACCGCUUCAUUUCGGUCAGCGAAUUUGCAGAGGCAUUCCAAUCAUAUGUUGUUGGCCGGAGAAUCGGGGAUGAGCUUGCAGUUCCAUAUGAUAAGACCAAAAGCCAUCCUGCCGCUUUGACGACACAAAAGUAUGGUCUUGGAAAGAAAGAACUCCUGAAAGCCUGCACAGACAGAGAACUCUUGUUGAUGAAGAGAAACUCAUUUGUCUAUUUCUUUAAGCUCUUCCAGCUUAUUGUGAUGUCAUUUAUUGCCAUGACACUCUUCAUUCGGGUUAAGAUGGAUAAAGAUGAUAUAACAGAUGGAGGGAUAUACGUUGGUGCUCUAUUUUUCUCUGUCAUUAUGGUCAUGUUCAAUGGAAUGUCAGAGCUUGCAAUGACAAUUUACAAGCUUCCAGUCUUCUACAAACAAAGGGAUAUGUACUUUUUUCCUGCAUGGGCAUAUGCUAUUCCCUCUUGGAUCCUGAAAAUACCGAUUACCUUCAUUGAAGUUGCUAUAUGGACAUUUCUCACUUACUAUGUGAUCGGGUUUGAUCCUAAUGUAGGAAGGUUAAUGAAGCAGUAUCUGCUGCUUUUAUUAGUUCACCAGUCAGCAUCAGCAUUGUUCAGAUUUAUUGGAGCAGCUGGCAGGAACAUGAUUGUUGCAAAUACAUUUGGCUUAUUUGCAUUGCUCCUGCUUUUUGCACUAGGUGGCUUUGUCCUGUCCCGAGAGGAUGUAAAGAAAUGGUGGUUGUGGGGCUACUGGUCCUCACCUCUAAUGUAUGCUCAGAAUGCAAUUCUUGUUAACGAAUUCACAGGACACAGUUGGAGUAAAGUUGUGAAUGGGACCAAGUUGGGAGUCCUUGUAAUGCAGUCUAGAGGGUUCUUUCCUCAAGCAUACUGGUAUUGGCUAGGAGUGGGGGCGUGCUUUGGGUUCGUAUGGCUAUUCAACAUCCUCUACCUUCUCUGUCUUACAUUCCUCAACCCUUUUGAGAAGCCUCAAGCUGUAUUACCAAAAGAAACUGAAGAUGAUACGCAGAGGGGGGGUUCUGUUGGCCGAGUUUCAGCUCAGGGCGCGAGUAGAAGGAGAAGCAUCUCCUCUGGAUCCUCAUCUGCUAGAACAGAUGCCAUUGAAGUCGACGAGAACCGAAAGAGAGGAAUGAUUCUUCCAUUUGAACCACAUUCCAUCACGUUUGAAGACAUCAGAUAUUCUGUUGACAUGCCAGAGGAAAUGAAAGCUCAAGGUGUCACUGAAGAUAAAUUGGAACUCUUGAAGGGUAUAAGUGGAGCUUUUAGGCCUGGCGUUCUUACAGCAUUGAUGGGAGUUAGUGGAGCUGGUAAAACAACUUUGAUGGAUGUGUUAGCUGGAAGAAAGACGGGGGGAUAUAUUGAGGGAAAUAUCACAAUCUCAGGGUAUCCAAAGAACCAGGCAACAUUUGCUAGGAUUUCCGGAUAUUGUGAGCAGAACGACAUCCAUUCUCCAAAUGUUACUGUUUAUGAGUCCCUUGUUUACUCAGCUUGGUUGAGGUUGCCACGAGAAGUUGAAGCAGAAACUAGAAAGAUGUUCAUUGACGAGGUAAUGGAACUUGUAGAACUUACCCCUUUGAGCGGAGCGCUAGUUGGGUUGCCAGGGGUCAAUGGUCUCUCUACAGAGCAGCGAAAAAGGCUUACAAUUGCUGUUGAACUUGUAGCUAACCCUUCAAUUAUUUUCAUGGAUGAGCCAACUUCAGGGCUUGAUGCAAGAGCUGCUGCGAUCGUGAUGAGAACUGUCAGGAACACCGUGAACACGGGAAGAACUGUAGUGUGCACAAUCCAUCAACCUAGCAUUGACAUAUUUGAAGCGUUUGAUGAGCUGUUUUUGAUGAAACGGGGAGGACAAGAAAUAUAUGUUGGACCAUUGGGAAGACACUCAACUCAUCUGAUCAAGUACUUUGAAGGAAUUGAAGGAGUACCAAAGAUUAAAGACGGUCACAAUCCAGCUACGUGGAUGUUGGAAGUCACUACCUCUGCACAAGAGCUACUCUUGGGGGUCGACUUUACCGAGCACUACAGGAACUCAGAAUUGUACACGAGGAACAAAGCCCUAAUCAAGGAAUUAAGCGUUCCCCGCCCGGGCACAAAAGACCUAUAUUUCCCAACUAAAUAUUCACAAUCUUUCCUCACCCAAUGCAUUGCUUGCCUGUGGAAACAACACUGGUCGUACUGGAGGAAUCCUCCUUAUUCAGCCGUAAGAUUUGUGUUCACAACCUUCAUAGCCCUUAUAUUUGGGACUAUGUUCUGGGAUCUCGGCUCUAAAUGGAAAACUCAGCAAGAUCUCUUCAACGCCAUGGGUUCUAUGUAUGCUGCCAUCAACUUUUUGGGGUUUCAAUAUGGUUCGACAGUUCAGCCUGUGGUGGCCAUUGAACGAACAGUCUUUUACAGAGAAAAAGCAGCUGGAAUGUAUUCAGCUUUACCAUAUGCUUUCUCACAAUUUUUCAUUGAGAUUCCUUAUGUCUUCCUACAAUCCGUCAUAUACAGUCUCAUUGUCUACUCAAUGAUGGGAUUCGACUGGACAGCUGAAAAAUUCUUCUGGUUCAUAUACUUCAUGUUCUUCUCAUUACUGUACUUUGUCCUCUACGGCAUGAUGACUGUAGCCGUCACUCCUAACCACAACGUUGCAGCCAUUAUCUCUUCUUUCUUCUAUGCAAUCUGGAAUCUGUUCUCAGGAUUCAUCGUCCCACGACCAAGGAUACCUGUGUGGUGGAGAUGGUACUACUGGGUAACCCCCGUCGCUUACAGCUUGUACGGCUUCAUUAUUACACAAUUUGGAGAUAUUCAAGAUGUGAUGGACUCCGGAGAGACAGUGCAAGACUUCUUGAGAAGUUACUUUGGGUUCAGACGCGACAUGCUUGGAGUAGUUGCAGCCAUACUCCUCGGAUUCGUUGUUCUUUUCACUUUCAUCUUUGGCUACUCCAUCAGGACAUUCAACUUCCAGAGGAGAUAAAAACAGCUUCUUCCAACUUCUCCAGACGCCGUGCUCUCUAGGCAUUUAUGCUUUACUAGCCCACAAGAGGUUUCAGGUUUUGUAUAGAAAAUCUUUAAAAUGUGUACUGUAUAAUUAAGUUCAUCAAUUUGGCUUCUUAUGUAAUUUUUGAGUAUCAAAGUGUGCAAGUUCUUUCAAAAAAAUUAGUUUUUGCACUUAAUCAAAGUGUAUCAUUUUCUUUUUAUCAUGGUUAAACUUUAUUGUAUCUUCA